AUGUCCGAUUCGGGCGACUGGGUCGUGGAUCGCCGGCGCAUUGAACGAUUGAAUGAGGAUGUCGUGAACAGAAUUGCUGCUGGGGAGAUCAUUCACCGUCCAUCUAAUGCUUUAAAGGAACUCUUGGAAAAUAGUUUGGAUGCCGGCGCGACGCAUAUUCGCGUCACACUUAGAGGAGGCGGCGUCAAAUCCCUCCUAAUUCAAGAUAAUGGUCAUGGAAUAAGCAAAUCAGACUUGCCUUUACUUUGUGAGCGAUUUGCAACAUCCAAGCUACGUAACUUUAAUGAUCUUUUCGACAUGCACACAUUUGGGUUUCGUGGCGAGGCGUUAGCAAGUAUAAGCUUCAUUUCUGCAUCUGUUCAAGUCGUAUCUAAAAGACGUGAUGAAGAAUGCGCGUACCGUGCAGAGUACUGUGCUGGAUCUUUAGUAUCAGGACCGCAACCGUGCGCUGGCACCAACGGAACCAGUAUCAUGAUACAUGAUAUGUUUUUCAAUGCACCUCAACGUAAACAUGCUUUAAGAUCAGCAUCCGAAGAAUAUAAUCGUGCGUUGGAUAUCGUUACAAAGUACGCGCUACAUUAUGGUCCCCAGGGUGUUAGUUUCUCUUGCAAGAAAGCAGAUCAGUCCCGUUUAGAUUUGCAACUGACAAGCACUCCCAACACGUCCAUCGUGGAUACGAUCCGUUCAUUAUAUGGUGCAACAAUAGCGCGAGACCUUAUCCCUUUGAAGGAAAUACAAGAUGAGAAACUUGGAUACCGAGCUGAGGGCCAGUUUAGCACCGCUAAUUGGAUGUCAAAAAAGACAACAUUUAUUUGUUUUAUCAACCAUCGACUUGUGGACUGCACGCCUCUGAAACGGGCUUUGGAAUCUGUAUAUACGCUUGUGCUGCCCAAAGGACAACACCCUUGGAUUUAUGUGGCUUUAGAUAUCGAGCCUAAUCGGAUCGAUGUCAACGUGCAUCCCACAAAGCAGGAAGUGCAUUUUUUGGAUGAAGACGAUAUUUUUGAAGCUAUUUCAGCUCGUGUUCAAGACGCUCUAGUAAAUCAAAGCUCGUGCCGUGUCUUCAGGACACAAUCUGCGCAGUUAGGUGAAGUACUAAGUGAAGACCAUGUCCAGGUAACGCGUGCACGCUCAUAUGACCCACGUCACUUGGUACGCGUGGACCAAACAGAACAAACCCUGGACAGUAUGCCACUACAAAAAGUCUCUUUACCUGACAGGAUUCGACCUAGUGAAUGCACACUCGAAAGCAUAACGCAGCUUCGUGACCAGGUUCUUGCGUCAAAGGACGCGCAACUUUCCUACAUUGUCCAGCACCACACUUUCGUCGGAAUUGUCGAUCUAGCGAAAGGUCUUUGCCUCAUUCAACACAGCACACAACUAUACCUCGUGCAAUAUGGUAUUUUGAUUGAAGAAUUCGCUUAUCAACUUGCCCUUCAGCAAUUCGGGUCCUUCAGUACAGUGCGUCUUGAUCCGCCGCCUUCACUUCGCGAAUUGAUUGGUAUUGGAUACGACAUGGAACUAGCAGAUAUUCAUACAGCUCCAUUAGGGCUGUCUAAAACACAAAUCAUUGAGAGGAUUGCCAAGAAGCUGUUAGCUCAUACGGAUAUGUUGCGCGAGCAUGUGGGAAUCCACAUUGAUGCACAAAAGGAAACUGUUCUGGCCAUUCCCACUUUGCUACCACAGCAUGGAUCCUCUGGAGUAUGUCUCGAGCGACUUCCCUCGCUUUUAUUUCGACUCGGUCCACAGGUUGAUUGGGACGAUGAAAAAGGCUGUUUUUAUACUCUGUGCCAUGAGCUUGCAUUGGCACAUGUACCACCCAGCUGGGGCACUACGCGCGACGAUUUAUGUAAAGAGCAACAGGAGCAAGAAGCGUGGUCGAUUCAGCAUGUUUGGUUUGCUCACAUGUUAGGAUCACGCGGACGAUGUAUUGUGCCCAACCACCUACCGGACGACAUCAUGACUCAAAUUGCGAGCUUGCCAGACUUGUACCGCGUAUUUGAACGAUGUUAG